CAGCAACAGCAGCCAUGCCAAGUCGCAACAACAGCAAUAAUAAUAGUACAUUUAUCAGCAACUACAGCAGAAGCAGCAACAACAUGCAACAAAUCUGUUAAGCGUUCGCGUUCAGCAAAGCAGAGACAAGAUCAUGAGUCGUCAGGAGACGUUAGCGUCUACAUCAACGACAGCGUCGUCGUCAUCGUCGUCGUCGUCCACGUCCUCGUCAUCUACGUCCUCAUCAGGAGCGACAAAAACCACAACAACAACAGCAACAACAACAACAACCAACCCAACAUGCAGCAAGAAAAUCUCCACAUCAACACCACAAAAACGCGACGAAUUAACACAGGAGCAGGAGGCACAGGAGUUCAUCAAUCGCAGCAUUGCCAGCGAAAUUGAUGCCAGCGAUGCGAGCGCCAUUUGUGACUUGACCAAUAGCAUCAAUAGCAGCAGCAGCGGCGCCAGUCCAGUGGCCAAACGUCAAUUAAACUCGGGCAAUCUGUCUCGCAUACGUCCACAGUCCAGUUACUCGGCACGCGUGCUCAUCUUUGAUGAUUCCGAUCAGGAGGCAGCCGCAGCUGCUGCAGCUUUAACAGCCGCCACAUCCGUCUGUUCAUCCAAUGCGAGUGGCGUUGAAUUGCUGCCCGCAUCGCCAGCUAAACUUGGCAUUGAUAAUAGCAACAAUGGCUCUUCGCUAAUGCGUAAUCUCAAUCUGACCAAGAGCUCAUCCGGCGGCCUGUCGGGCAGCUCGAGCUCGCUACACUCACGCGGCUACACGGCAUUGUUGCGCAAGAUCUCCUAUCAGCAGCACACCAACUCCAUGCGCGCUGUUGGCAGCGAAGCAUCCAAUUUGCUGCGAAUGCGUCACUCCUCGCUGGGAAAGUCGGCGCCCUGUCUGACUGGCAACUAUUUUCGCCAUGAGCUAUACAAUCCACCGGCGCCUCCUGUGCCAACUGCUGCAUCAUCGGUGGCUCCGUCAGGCCUCAAUAUAUCGCGCUCUGGCAGCGGCAUUGCCCUGUCCAAGCAUCAUCAUUUACAUGGUGUGGUCAUGCGUGGUUCGGCUUCGGGUAGCGGUGCUGGUAGCUCCGGUGGUGUGGCUCAUCAUCGCCUGAGCUUGGUCACCAAUGCAGCCGCUGUUGCCGUUGGCUCACGUGCCCACUCGCCCUAUUCGGCCAGUCCAGCGGACAGUCCACGUCUCAACUCGCCCAUGCCCUUUGCAUUUGCGCCCAUCAAACGCAUCGCCUCAUGUCGCGGCGUCGUUGACGGCAGACGCUGGUCGGUGGCAUCAUUGCCCUCCUCGGGCUACGGCACCACGCCAGGCAGCUCUAAUCUAUCGUCUCAAUGCUCCAGUCAGGAGGCGCUUAACCAUUUGACGCACAACAUUCCACCUGGUCAUGAGGAUGCAGCCGCUGUUGCCGCUGGCGCCUGUUGUGCGGAGCAUUUGAAGCAGCAUUGUCCCAAGCAUUGUGCCCUAUUGCUGGCCACGCACAAUACACAACCACAGCAUGCACCAAAGCUCGGACAGGUGCAGCCACAACCAUUGAAGCCACCGAUCGCUUGCGUUAAUUGCUGUGCCGAUCUAAACGUCGCCUGCAGCGGCAACGGGAGUGGCAGUGGAAGUGGGAGUGGCAACAACAGCGCCAAUGCUUCAAUGACAUCCAUGCCGGGCAAUGCAGGCGGCCGCUUGUCCCCCUAUUUUCGUCCACGAUCGCGUUCGCUGUCCAGUCCAUCGCGCUCACCCGUUGUGGACAGCGAGAUUGCGGUCAUGAAUACGCUUUAUAAGGAACGCUUUCCCAAAGCAACGCAGCAAAUGGAGGAACGUUUAAAGCAUUUCAUCAAUGAGAACAAAAGCGCUGCAUGCAACAGUUUUCGCGACUCACAACCAAUUGUGCGUUUUGUGCAUCAUCAGGUAUUGGAAAUGGCACGCGAUUGCCUGCACAAAUCAGAGGCUAAGCUGAUAACCGCACAGUAUUUCUAUGAGCUGAGCGAGAAUUUGGAGAGAUUGCUGCUGGAGACGAAGGAGAAAUCCCCGGAGGCUGCUGCCGAAUUGAGCGGCGUAAUAAAAAAGUUGCUGUUAAUCAUUUCACGCCCAGCGCGUUUGUUGGAAUGUCUUGAAUUUGAUCCGCAGGAAUUCUACGAACUGUUGGAGGCUGCCGAAGGACAUGCCAAGGCCAUGCCCGUGAUUAAGGCCGAUAUACCGCAAUACAUUAUACACAAGCUAGGCCUAAAUCGCGAUCCCAUUGCGGAGUUGCAACAAGAGCUUCGGGAGACGCAACAAGCUUGCGCAGAGCAGGUGACAGGAGAGAAGCUGCUAGAAUCACAACCUGGUGCAUUGCUACUCAAUUCUCCGCUGACCUGUGCGGCCAAACAGUUGAGCAGCCUGACGCUCGAUACGAUAACUUUGGAUGGUGCGAACUCUGGGGGCAGCGGCAGUUGCACACCACAGCCAAUGUUGCCACAACAACCGCCGCAGACACCGGUGGCUUGUGAUGGCCAGUCGACGCCGAGUUUUGCAUUGGCAAUAAGCCAACUCAACGCAUCAUCAGAGGCAGCUGCUAAGCAACAGCAACAACAGCAGCAGCUGCAGCAGCAACAACAACAACAGCAACCGUUGCCGCAUGAAAAUGACUUUGACAUUGCCAAGCUGAUCUCAAAUGGCGCCUAUGGCGCUGUGUAUCUGGUGAAGCACAAGACGACACGCCAGCGCUUUGCAAUGAAGAAAAUCAACAAAAAUAAUCUCAUAUUGCGCAAUCAGGUGGAACAGGUGUUUGCCGAGCGUGAUAUAUUGUCGUUUGCGGACAAUCCCUUUGUGGUUAGCAUGUACUGCUCCUUUGAGACAAAGAAGCACCUAUGCCUCGUCAUGGAGUACGUCGAGGGCGGCGAUUGCGGCACGCUGCUCAAGAAUAUCGGACCGCUGCCAGCAGACAUGGCACGCUUUUAUUUUGCCGAAACAGUAUUAGCCGUUGAGUAUCUGCAUAGCUAUGGCAUUGUCCAUCGCGAUCUCAAGCCGGACAAUUUGUUAAUCACGGCCCUGGGUCACAUUAAGCUCACCGAUUUUGGUCUCUCCAAGAUGGGUCUCAUGUCGUUGGCUACCAAUUUGUAUGAGGGCUACAUUGACUCGGAGACGCGACAGUUUUCCGAUAAGCAGGUGUACGGCACUCCCGAGUAUAUAGCACCCGAGGUGAUUUUGCGACAGGGUUACGGUAAACCCGUUGAUUGGUGGUCCAUGGGCAUCAUAUUGUACGAGUUUCUCAUUGGAUGUGUGCCAUUUUUUGGUGAGACCGCUGAGGAACUGUUUGCACAUACCGUAAACGAUGACAUCGAGUGGCCCGAUAGCGAGGAUUGGCCCGUGCAAUCAGAAGCCAAGGACAUUAUAUCACAGCUGUUGCAGCAGAAUCCGCGAGAUCGAUUGGGCACUCAGACCGGCGCAUUAGAGGUGAAGGAGCAUUUCUAUUUUCAGGGUAUGGACUGGAAUUCGCUGCUCCGACAAAAGGCUGAGUUUGUGCCGCAAUUGUCACACGAGGAUGAUACCAGCUAUUUUGACACUCGCAUGGAUCGCUACAAUCACGAUCUUGGUGGCGAGGAUACCGAUGAUACUGAUGAUACGCCCGUCUUUGGCAGCUUCAAUUCCUAUACACCGCAAUAUCGGAAGCAGCAUUAUAGCUGGUCCCGUCACGCUACAGCAACAACAACAGACAGCGUCAAGGCGACGACAACGAUGACAACGUUGCCAUCGCGUGCUCAGGAAACAGCCCCAACAUCGGCAAUGGCGACGACAGCUGCAACGGGAGCGAUGCCCAAAGUCAAGCCAUUAAAUGCGGGACAAGAGGGCGUGGUUAACAAGUUCUUGAAUACGCCGCAAUUGCGUAAACUGGAUCUCUCGUCCAGCUGUCUGAAGGUGCCCUCCACGCCGGAUACGGAAUUCUUACCGGAACUGCUGCACAACGUGACCAUUGGCAACGAUGCUGAGCUGCGUAUGCUCAAGCAUUAUUUGCAACAGCCAACGCCUGCUGCGGUGCGUUUGCAGCAACGUCACAGCAUGCCACCGAAUACAACGACUAUCAUUAGCACACCGGCAACACCGCCACCACCGACACAGUCGUCGACAGCAACGCCACAGCCGACGAGCGUGAGCAGCUUCUCGCGCAGCACACCAGAGAGUUCGCAAACGGACAGCGAUGACUUCUCGCCGCAAAUCAAUCGAAAGCGCAAGGGUGUCUGUGCCCGUGAUAUAUUGCCACGCUUUUCCAUCUCCAUCGAGGAUGAGACCAUCAGUGCUGGCAGCUCCUCAACGGAGAACAUGAAUAUACGUGAACAAUCGCCAUUGGCGCUGCACCAUCAGCCAAAAUCUAUGGACGGCAGCUGCAGCAGCGGACCCUCCUCCUUUGGUGUCAAGCAUCAUCGUUCGCGAUCGAUUGUCAAAUCCGCGUCAGCGUUGGGUCUUUCCCUAAUGUCCUCGAUGGAUAACACACAACUGGCAGCACAGCUGUGCGGCAUUCAAUCACCUGGCAGUGCUGGUGGUGGUGGCAAUGGUUCGAGCACAGCCAGCUCAAGGGAUACGUCGCCGUGUCGAGAGCUCUCGCCGCUGGUCACCAAUCUCAAGCCGCCUAUCAUCAUACGUCGCGGGCCACGAGGAUUUGGCUUUACCGUUCACACUAUCCGUGUGUAUUAUGGCGAUACGGACUUCUAUACCAUGCAUCAUCUGGUCAUGGCCGUCGAUGAGGGCAGUCCAGCAUUUGAGGCUGGUCUCCGGCCUGCCGAUCUCAUAACCCAUGUUAACGGCGAGCCUGUACAGGGUUUGUUCCACACCCAGGUGCUGCAGCUUCUUCUCAGCGGUGGUGAGCAUGUCACCCUACGUGCUACACCGUUGGAGCACACAAGUAUUCAGAGCGGUGGACGUAAGCGUGACCUCAUGCAAAGCAAGUUGGCCAAGAAGGGCCUCAAUCGUCAGAAGAAGCAAACGAAGCGGGAACAUGACAAGAAACGUAAGACUUCAUUGUUCCGACGCAUAAGCAGCAAACGUGCCAAUGCCGAGAUGCAACAGUACUCGGCUGGUACCAGUUCACCCACCACACCCCAUGCGCGCAAUCUCUCACCGCUGGACUCUUCGUAUCACAGCAGCAGUUGCUAUCAAUCGGCAGCCAACUCCUCAUCUCAAUCCACUUCACCCUCUUCAUCGUCACCCAACACGCCCACCGGUUCAAAUAGCAAUGGCAAUGGCACUGCAAAUAGCAAUGCAACUAAUACAAUAAUUUCUGCACCGGUCGCUGCUUUGAGCGUGCAACUGCCACUGCCGCCGUCCAGUCCAGUUGUCCUGCUACCACAUGUGGGUGCUGUUGUUGGCAAUAGCGCUACAUCUGUGGGUAAUGUGCCAGUUUCACCCACUGGUGUCGUGCCGCAGUUAUAUCAGCGCCCGUCGACGUUGCAUGGUCUAAAGCACAAGCUGCACGCGGCAGCCACAGGCGCUGGCGGAUCAACAGCCAGCGGAGCAGCUGGUGGAGGCCUCAAAACACUGCACACUUCGAGCAGCAACGCGUUGCCCAAUCGCCGCAAGUCUGUUGGCCAUAUUCCACUGUCACCACUAGCGCGUACUCCGUCACCUUCACCGCUGCCAUCGUCACCAACUCGAUCUCCAUCGCCAUUAGCCUUUCCGCUGGUGGGUCACCAACCUGGCGCCUCCAAUACCACGCAAUCGUAUAGUCCGGGCAGCACGUUACCCACGCUUCAAACAGCCGUGAGUGCUAGCAGCAAGAAGGCGGGAUUCGCACGCACUAAAUCAGCGGAGCCAAGUUCACCACUAUUGCGUCGCGCAUUGUCGCCUGAUCGACUGCAUCCACGUAGUGCCGAGACGAAAAUAUCGCCAUUAUGCUGCUCACCGCCCAUUAAGCAGCAGACACAGCAUCAGCAUCAACGCGUGGUUGCAAGCACUUGGCGACCAUCAGCAGGUGGUCCUGGAAAUGGAGCUGGAGUUGGAGUUGGAGCUGGAACUGGUGUCGCACAGCAGCAGCUGCAGCAUCAGCCGUCAAGUAACAGCAGCUCUGAGGAAUCACAAAGACAGACAACAACGACGUCAGUGGCUGCAACAGGAACAGCAUCAGUUGCAGCUGAUAAUCAAACAACGAACAAUGUGGUGGCAAUACCCAGCAGCAGCUGUGAGCUCUUGCCACGCAUUGCAGAGGAGAAGGAUUCGCCUACUAGUACACAGGACAGUAGCAGCGUAUCUGAGGGAUUUAUGCCGGCUAUUGAAGAGUAUGCGGAGGGUGAAUCAUUGUCGUCGCCCACACAAACGCUGGAAAAGCCGUCGUCCAAAGAACAACAGCUGGAUAAGCCUAAAAAGGUCGAGCAAGCUAAAUCCGAUGCGUCCAAAAAAUCUUCGAUUACAACGACAAGACCAUUUGGCGUUAGUGCUGUUCCAAUAGCUGUGGGACGCAAGGAACCAAUGGCAAUAACAACAACAACAACAACACCAUCAACAACGGCAACUGCAGCUACAGCUACAGCAACAGCAACAAGCGCAACUUUGUCUGCCAAGCAAAAAAAGUAGCGCCACAGAAAUGGAUGUUUGUGUUUUAAAUUUCAUGUUUAGCGUUUUAUCUUAAUGUGCAACGUAAAUAUUUACAAACUUAAAGGAACGAUAGCAAGGAAAAGGAACAAGAUAGCCGCAGGAGUUUGAUAACUGUAUUCAAGGGAUUGUAUUGAAAAUAUGGAUAAAUGCGUUCUUUGGGCAACACGAAACUAAAUUAGCAAAAAAAAAAAAAAAAAAUAGAGAAUUGUGAAAAAAUACUAGUAGUUUGUAGUCUCGUAUCUAACAAAUUGCAUAAUACUUAUUGUAAAUUAGUAAAGAAUCUAAAAAAAGGAAGAUGAGCAAGAUAUUCCAGUAAAACCGAAAGUACUAGGAAUGUAUGUAAGAGCGAUAACACACAAUUAUGAACAUUGUAUUUUGUAUAUAUAAAUGUAUAACAUUAAUAGAAUUAACGUUUAGUAAAAAGAACGAGAACGCCAAAAAAAAAAAGGAUAAUGAAUGCGCCGUGCUGGUAACAAUUGAGUGAAGUUAUGCUAAAAAACGUACAUAACAUAAAGCUUCUUGCUCAGUCUAAUACUUAGGCGUUUUUUGCGAAUCUAUAAUCUAUGCCGAAUUCAAUAUAUAUUAUAUUAAAUAAAUGUUAUAUGUGUGU